AUUCGCUGACAGCUCAGGACUGUGAUGAGGCAGCGCGAGUGGAUCCACUCCAGCAUAUGUUUCUAUUUUUGCAUUUCCUUUGACUCGGGAAGUAGACGCGAAAAAUAACGGUGCAUGACAUAGAGGAUAUUUCACCCUGCAGAAAAGUGAAGUGUUUGUGAUGGCAGUGCGACCGCCUCCCUGUGUGAUCGACUGCGGGACAGGGUACACUAAGAUUGGCUAUGCAGGAAACACAGAGCCGCAGUUCAUCAUGCCGUCCUGUAUUGCGAUCAGAGAGACAGCGAGUGUGGGGGAUCAGGCACAGAGACGUCUCAUGAAAGGUGUGGAUGAUCUUGAUUUCUUCAUCGGAGAUGAAGCCAUUGAUAAACCCAACUAUGCAACCAAGUGGCCCAUCAGGCAUGGUAUUGUUGAAGACUGGGACCUCAUGGAGAAGUUCAUGGAGCAGGUCAUAUUCAAAUAUCUCAGAGCUGAGCCAGAAGACCAUAAUUUCCUCAUGACAGAGCCGCCUCUGAAUACCCCAGAGAACAGGGAAUACUUAGCAGAGAUCAUGUUUGAAACAUUCAACGUUCCAGGGCUGUACAUCGCUGUUCAGGCUGUUUUGGCACUGGCAGCAUCAUGGACUUCAAGGCAAGUUGGAGAACGAACGCUAACAGGGAUUGUGAUUGACAGCGGUGAUGGAGUUACUCAUGCCAUACCAGUGGCAGAAGGUUAUGUGAUUGGCAGCUGUAUAAAGCACAUCCCUAUAGCAGGCAGAGAUAUCACCUACUUCAUUCAACAGCUGCUCAGAGAGAGAGAGGUCGGGAUUCCACCAGAACAGUCACUAGAGACUGCAAAAGCUGUUAAAGAAAGGUAUUGCUACGUCUGUCCUGACAUAGUGAAAGAAUUCACCAAAUAUGACAUGGACCCUGGCAAAUGGAUCAAAAAAUACAAGGGAGUCAACACCAUCAGCAAAAAUGAAUUUCAAAUAGAUGUCGGAUACGAACGCUUUCUAGGACCAGAGAUAUUUUUUCACCCUGAGUUUGCCAACCCAGACUUCAUGCAGCCAAUCUCAGAUGUUGUGGAUGAAGUCAUUCAGAAUUGCCCUAUCGAUGUCAGAAGACCCCUUUACAAGAACAUAGUCCUGUCUGGCGGCUCCUCCAUGUUUCGUGACUUUGGCCGCAGACUGCAGCGAGAUCUGAAGCGUGUAGUGGAUGCCAGACUCAGACUCAGCGAGGAGCUCAGUGGAGGCAGAAUUAAGCCUAAACCCAUGGAGGUGCAGGUGAUUUCUCAUCAUAUGCAGAGAUACGCUGUGUGGUUUGGGGGAUCCAUGUUGGCCUCUACGCCCGAGUUCUUUGACGUCUGCCACUCUAAGAAGGACUACGAAGAAUACGGUCCCAGGAUCUGUCGUCACAACCCAGUCUUUGGCAUCAUGUCCUAGUGCUGGGUUAUGCAGGCCACCGCUGUAGACCACGACAUCAAUUCAAUCGAUUCAUCACACACCCCUGCACUACACUUUGAUUGCCCCUCCUCUUUGAAAAGGAAUCAUUCAGGCUUUGACAAACUUACAAUAGGAGGAACAAAGAUUGUUGUUUAUCAGUUAAAAUGUCAAAGCCCAGCACAAGGGUAUUAUGUGGAAUGAUCUGGAGUCUUGAGUCCUGUGCUUUAAUAGCAAGUGCUAAAUGUUCAAAAUUACAAAUGCAGCAUGAAAGAGGAAUUGAAGAAUUGCACAGUGACUGCAGACUGCUUAGGUGAAGCCAUAAAUGAGUGACUGUUUUCUUUGCAACAAAUCUUAGUUUUGGUGUUUUGCUUGUAGUUUAAAGGAAUAGUUCGCACACAAAUGAAAAUUCUGUCAUUAUUUACUCAACUUUAUUGCAUUCCAAACACAAUAAGAGAUGAAACACAAAAUGAAGAAUGUUCAUGUGGCUCUUUUGUUUUACAAAAAAACACCAUAAAUACACCGUAAAAGCAGUCCAUGCAAAACGAGCGCUAAUUCCAAGUCUUCAGAAGCCAUAAAACAGCUUCGUGUGAGGAACACAAUAUUUCUUUUUGCCAUUGCUUUCAUAUUUUAUUAAUGUUCAUGUGUAUUCAAAGAUGGUAUUUCAAGUGUUGGACGUCACAGAUCCCAAUGCACUGAUUUGAAAAUGUGCAAUUGUGAAUACAUUUUGAGAGCUGCAGUAGCUUAUAACAGCCUAAAUUUCAGUCUGUUCAACACAUAAAGCUAUCAUAUGGCUUUAAAAUACUUUUUUAAAACUUGAAAGCCUUAGGCCACUAUAUGCUUUUAUUGUAUGGAAAAAGGCAAUGUGAAUAUUCUUCAAAUCAUACAGAUCAUACAAUAAUACAGGUUUGGAAAGACAUGAUGGCAAGGAAAUGAGGACAGUUUUUUCAUCUUUGGGUGAAUUAUACCUAUAAAAGUUUUCUUUGCUGUGAUCUGUUUGCAUGUAGGUGCCUGAUUUUGAUUCGUAAAAGCCAACAUUGAAUGAAAAGUUGAAUGGCAUUGAAUUGUAAAUACUUGUAGAUUUUCUAUAUUAUAUGAUGGAUUAUUUUGGAAUGAAUUUACAUUUGCAUUAAAGUGAAUACAUUUGGAUUUGAGGGCAAUCAGUCUGCAGAACUAUACAUUUGAAGUAGUAUAUAUUCUUACUGAAAUGGAGUCAUAUAGCUUGAUCAAAUGAAAAUAGUUCCCUAUCUAUCACUCACUCGACGUUGUGUCGAUGUAGUGACACUAGGGGUCACUCUUGGGAGCCCGAGACACU